AUGGAUAAAGGAAAUAUAGAGAGUCAACUAGAUCUCUAUAGUCCUGAAUUACUGAAUAGCAUAAAUUGCUCUAUUUUGCCUCCACAUAAAUUAAUACUCAAGGUUGGUGUUCUAAUGAUGUUGCUGAGGAAUAUUGACCAAUUCAGUGGUCUUUUUAAUGGUACAAGGCUACAAGUUAGGAAGCUUGGAAAUCAUGUCAUAGAAUGUGAAGUCUUAACGGGUAACAACGUUGGUCAUGUUGUUUUGAUUCCAAGAAUGAAUAUGGUACCAACAACUGAAACUAUCCCAAUUAAAUUUCAACGAAGACAGUUCCCCAUAAUAGUAUCAUUUGUCAUGAAAAUUAAUAAGUCUCAAGGACGAAUUUUAUCUCAUGUUAGAUUGUACUUACCCAAACCAGUUUUUACACAUGGCCAACUAUAUGUGGCACUUUCAUGA